GCCUUGUGCUGUAGCUGAAAUCCAAGAGUAGGUCAAAGUCCAGGUGAUGGUGGAACCUCGAGAGUUGGGGCCAUCGUCGGCGUUAUUCGGAUCCACCUUUACGACCAAGGAGGCAGAACGAAAGUGUUUGCCCACGAAGUUCCUAUCAUUGUUGAAGGUGGAUUCGACGGUUCGAGUCGCAUGGUCGACCCUGGUAAUUUGCUCGGUCGCCUGGCUGACCAUACCUGCUGUG